UAAUGUUAUGGCUGUGUUAUCCAAGGCCGUCUGUGUUAUUCGUUGGUGUUUGUUUGUUUGUUUGGAACUUGCGUAAUGGAAAAUGUGGGAAUGAUAAUUUGUGGUGUAUGAUAUAAUUUUAAAACUUUGUCUCAUCCUCCUGUAUAAAAUCCGCUGCGAUUAUAAAUUAGUGUGUUUUAAAUGCCUAGUAAGAAGAAAAAAUAUAACGCCCGUUUUCCUGCUGGGCGAAUCAAGAAAAUCAUGCAGACAGAUGAAGAGGUGGGGAAGGUCGCACAAGCGGUUCCCGUCAUCAUCUCCAGAACUCUGGAGUUGUUUGUGGAGUCACUUCUCAAGAGGACCAUAGAAAUAACAAACGCCAAACAUGCGAGGACGCUAACACCUUCACACAUGAAACAGUGCAUACUCUCUGAAAGCAGAUUCGACUUCCUGAAGGACUUGGUGAAGGCGGUGCCCGAUGUAUCGCCAUCCGAGGGAGACGAAAGCAAACCCGUGGCUGUUCCGAGCUGCCGGUUGUCCACGGAGAGUCUGCAAUUGGCCGGCUGUCCCGCCGAGGCCAAGGGCGUGCCUUCCAAGGAAAACUCUUGUGACUCGGUGGGAAGUGCAGCAGGUUCGAACUCUCGAGUGGACCCCGUUUCUGUCCCCGGAGCGAAAAAUCAAACCGACCCGUUCUCCGACCAGAAAGGUGACUUUGCUGCGAACUCGGCGUUUGUUACGAAAGUGCAGCAGGAUACGAGUAUCGAUGAAGACUACGACACGUAGCACGCUGGACUUGUGCAUCUGCGACGUUACGUGUCAGUGCGAUGGAGACCUCACCUUGCUCUCAAUAUACAAGACUUGUUUACGCUAAUGCCUAUAAUUUUUUUAUAUUUGAUUUUUAUUGUUUAUUAAUAUAGUCAGGAUUUGUCAAUAUAUUAAUAUUACCUUUAUUAUGAAAGAAUUUUGUGUUUUGGUACCCAGCCAGUACAAAUUCAUUGUUAUGUAUUGUGUCUUUUAUAUAUUAUAUAUAUUACAUUAGACUUUAAAAAAUAAUAUUUGGAAUGUUGCAAAAAUCUUUUGUCAGAAAAUCAUAAAAAUAAAUUAAAGGUGUAAUUUUU